AUGUAUGUAUUUGCGGUCGAGGCAGCCGGUCGAGCUGUCUUGCGACGAUCGCACCUACCAAACCGACAACUCAAACCGAACAUUACCAAGCGCCGCAGCACGAAUACCACGCGCACAGCGCCCGGUAAUAGCGGCUCAGUCACAAGCGGUACUGCGAUCCCCGUUCCAAACACUAUCGCAACACUGCCAUUAUGGCAGCGACUUGGCCCAUUAACGAAAGGGUUCCAGGCAUAUGGGAGGAGCCAGCGGGAGCGGCCAUAUACAACACAGUUUUGUAGUUCGCUAGUUAUUUAUAUUUUAGGUGACUUAUCGGCCCAAAGCCUAAAUGGGGACGAAUACGACCCCAAGAGGACUCUGCGAGCCUUAAUUAUUAGCGCGGGGUCCUCUAUACCGAGUUAUAAAUGGUUCAUGUUCCUCGGAAACAACUUCAACUAUUCCUCGAAAUUCCUCUCCCUUGUCACGAAGGUCUCUGUCAAUCAAAUGGCGUUUACGCCGAUAUUUAACACCUACUUCUUCGGCAUGCAAUCUCUACUCUCGGGGGACUCCUUGCCAGAAGUCUGGGACCGAAUAAAGCGUACUGUGCCUACUUCCAUGAUCAACAGCUGCAAGCUUUGGCCUGCCGUCACAGCAUUCAGCUUCACAUUCAUAGAGGCACAAUACAGGUCAAUAUUUGCCGGGGUUAUUGCUAUUGGAUGGCAGACAUAUCUCAGUUAUCUUAAUCGAAAGGCUGAAGUUGAAGCCCUGGAGCAAUCGGCGAGCAGCGAUGACGUUAUGGAAAGCACAACGGGAACAAGAGAAGACAACACAAGGAGAGUCAGUACAUAG